GACCUGAGAAAACAUGAGAGAACACAUUUAGUAGAUAGGCCUUUCCAAUGCUCUCAAUGUGGAAAGAGAUUUAUGCAGUCAUCACAUCUGAAAAAAACACAAGAGAAUACACACAGGCGAACAACCAUUCCAAUGCUCUCAUUGUGGAAAAAGUUUUACCCGUUUAGGGAACUUGAAAACGCAUGAGAUGACACACACGGGAGAGAAGCCUUUCCAUUGCUCCUUCUGUGGAAAACGUUUUACCCAUUUAGGGAACCUGAAAAUGCAUGAGAUGACACACACAGGAAAUAAGCCUUAUCACUGCUCCCAGUGUGGAAAAGGUUUUGGACACUCAGGGCAUCUAAAAGUGCAUGAAAGAACACACACUGGAGAGAAGCCGUAUCAAUGCUCCCAAUGUGAAAGUAAAUUUUUCUCAUCAGGGGACCUGAAAUCACAUGAGAGAACACACACUGUAGAGAGGCCUUUCCAAUGCUCUCAGUGUGGAAAGAGUUUUACCCGGUUAGGGAAUCUGAAUAUGCAUUUGAGAACACACACAGGGGAGAAGCCAUACCACUGUUCAGACUGUGGAAAGAGAUUUAUCCAGCUAGGGGACCUGAAAUCACAUGAGCGGACACACACAGGAGAUAAGCCUUUCCAAUGCUCUCAGUGUGGAAAAGCUUUUGCCUGGUUAGGGAACUUGAAAAUGCAUGAGAGAAUACACACAGGAGAGAAGCCUUUCCACUGCUCCUUGUGUGGAAAGAGUUUUACCUUUUUAGGGACACUGAAAAAGCAUGAGAUGACGCACACAGGAGAGAAGCCUUUCCAAUGCUCCCAAUGUGGAAAGAGUUUUACCCAGUUAGUGAACCUGAAAAGGCAUGAAGGAACACACACGGGAUAGAAUCCGUUCCAGUGUUCUCAGUGUGGAAAGACAUUUUCCCAGUCAGAGGACAUGAAAUCACAUGAGAGAAUAGAGGCUGUGUUCUGACUUAUAGUUUUGACAAACUUUUUGUGCUUUGGUUUAUGCCACAUUAAAGAAAAUUGUAAGAAAAAAAAUAGGCUUACUUUUGUUCUUAGUUAAUUUUUUCUCUCAAAACAUGUUCGCAUCUAAAAUUAGAAUAGAUUUUGAAUGUAUUUGAUUUUCAUUAUGAAUUUUUAUUGAUAAAUAUAAACCCUUAAGUGUUUAUUAUAUGAUUUGGAUAUUGUUAUUUAAAAAAAAAAAUGAAAUUAAUCAUUCAUGUGUUUUUCUUGAUUCUGAUCUUAACCUCUUGAAUUUAGUCGUUGUGUUUUUCAUUGAGUUCAUUUGUGUAGUAGUUAUUAAUAAGCUGUGUGAUAAUUAGAUGACGUUGUUCUGAUAACAUUGAUAAGUUGUUGACAUGAUAAAACAUUUACUACCUCAAUGUCCAUCAGUACUGAUUUGUAAAAAUGAUUUGAUUAUUUCAACAUGUAACUGAAUAAAAGUAA